AACGGGAAGAUGAAUUAUCUGCAAACUGAGGGGGAAGACAAAGUGCCGAGCGAGGAGCUGGAGUGCAAAAUCUGUUACCAGAAAUUCAACGUCCAGAGUCGCAAGCCCAAACUCCUGGACUGUCUCCACAGAGUGUGUGCAAAAUGCCUGACUAAAAUCCUUCAGGUGGGAAGCGGCUGUCUUCGCCUUAGCUGCCCUUUCUGUCGGCAUGAAACAGAGCUACAGGAAGAAGAAGUAGAAGGACUCCCUGAUGAUUUAAAUAUCUUGUCCAGACUGGUAACCAAAGACAAGUCAACAUGGAACUCAGAGUGCAAGGAAGUUCUCCUGACACCAAAGAACUUAGGUUCAUCAAGUCCCUCACACGGGUCAUCCAACUGCCUGGUGAUAACCAUCAUGGAAGUACAGAGGGAUUCCACCCGGACGCCGAGCCAAAACACCCUCUCAGAUUAUUAUACAGAUCACAGCCUUGACUCAGAAUCUGUCAGCUCCACCAACCAGCUGGACCAAGAUGUUUUCUCCAAGCUCUGUAAUCAUGUUCCCAGAAUACUAGUGUGGCUACUUGGGUUUUUUUACUUCGGUUCUUUGCCCCUUGGAAUCUAUUUAUUAGUGAUUCAGAAAGUGACCUUGGGAAUUGUCUGUGUCAGCCUUGUGCCAUCCAGUCUGACUGUGUGUCUUGUGUACGGUUUUUGUCAGUGCCUCUGCCAGGGAAUGUGUGACUGUUCUUCUAGAAAUUGAUGCCAAAACACAAGAGGAUAU